GACAACAUUUGUUCCACAUGUGACUGUGAAAACCGUGAUAAGCAUAACACCGGGGGAGGGAGUAAGUGUGACAUAAGUACCAAUAUCCAACAUCAAGCUUGUGUGUAUGAGUGGAACUGUAGACCGGAAUGGAAGGCGCAACGAUAAACUUCGAGUAAUCCAAAACUCGCAGGGAGUCUCGAGCUUGCUCUUCUUCAUCUUCCUCCCACACAUCAACAUCCACUUCUCCCAUCAGCAACUAUGACCGCACCCAUUAGUUCCGGCGCCACCAUCAAGGAUGGUCAGCUUGUCCAGAACGCCGAAUACUACUCCGCAGAUAUGAUCGUCUCAAUCACCCGUCAUAGACGCGCAGCCGAUGAUGCUACUUACACCUACCAAUUCCCAUUGUUCGCAUGGAAGCAAGCUCGUGGAGAUACGAUCUACAACAGUCUCGUGACAGCAGUGCAGAACCGCCUUGGGCUUUCCCUUGAUAAGGAGGAUUCAUCGAUCGUCUGGCGCAUGAAUGAAUCCGGACAGAUUGCUUUCGUCCGCUCGCCUAGCUCGUUGCACGCUGCCAUCCUCGACCACAAGAAUGCUGGCAAGAAGACCGUCCAACUCUUCAUCGUCAAGAACGACAGUGAGUUGAUGAAGAACAAUUUCAAAUCUCCUAGAAACUAACAAUCUCCCCAGACGUCACCUGUGUUCCCGGACUGGAUAUCGCCAAAUGAGUGCUGACAACGACACCUAAGUCUCGGUCACACAUGAUCGUCAUGUAUGUGACGGCUGCGCUAAGAUGGGAGGAGACGAGGGAAAAAGAAAGACGGGAUGGUCCUGGAAUGGAGGGGUGCAAGCAAACAGGUCUACUAUGGGCCAGCAUUGCGAUUGAUCAAUCAGCGCCCAGCUCUUUCUGUGUGCAUGCCACCAGCGAUGAUACAUAGGAGAUGGCAUACUCAUCUUCGGUUCAUGCGCUCUCUUCAGCGGCUACGUUCACAAAAACACCCAUCAAGAUACACGAACUUUGGGAAAAGAGAGGGCUUCCAAAGAGAGCAAAGAAAGGCAAACAUACCAAGCUACCUACUCUAGGUCACUGAGAUACUGAUAAUUUUGAUGUCUUCCAUCGGCUUCUCCUUCCAGACUUUGGCGUUCUCGAUUCUGUGAACAACAUCCAUGCCCU